CUUCCUUUUUGCAGAUGCAUUAAGCCUCAGGAAUAAUGGCAGGCUCUGGAGAGCGCAAAGGAAAGAAGGAUGACAAUGGAAUUGGCACGGCUAUUGAUUUUGUGUUGUCAAAUGCUCGACUUGUACUGGGAGUGGGAGGUGCUGCUAUGCUGGGGAUUGCUACCUUGGCUGUCAAACGGAUGUAUGACAGAGCAAUUAGUGCUCCAGCCAGCCCCACCCAUUUAAGCCAGUCAGGAAAGAGAAGCUGGGAGGAACCAAGCUGGCUUGGGUCAUCAUCACGAUUACUGAACCAAGACAUGAAGACAAAUCUUAGCCGUUCUCUGCAGACUCUGCCUACAGAUGCUUCAGAUUUUGAAAUAGAUUCAGUCAAACCUAUAAAGCAUAAAUCACCUGCUAAGAGAAGCCAGGUGGAAUUGAAGAAAUCCCGCCUUCGGAUGUCCUUGCAAGAAAAACUGUUUGCUUAUUAUCGGAGAAAGGUGGCUAUCUCUGUAGAAGAACAGACCAAAGCCAAGCAAGCUGCUGUGGAUAUCUGUGCCGAAUUACGCAGUUUCCUCCGUACCAAAUUGCCAGACAUGCCUCUCCGUGAGAUGUAUCUGAGUGGUAGCCUCUGUGAUGAUUUACAGGUUGUGACAGCUGAUCACAUCCAACUUAUUGUUCCUCUUGUGCUAGAACAGAAUUUAUGGUCAUGCAUUCCAGGUGAAGAAACCAUUAUGAACAUCCCUGGCUUCUGCCUAGUACGUCGGGAAAACCCAGAAUAUUUUCCUCGUGGUAGCAGUUAUUGGGACCGCUGUGUAGUGGGGAGUUACCUCUCACCCAAGACUGUAUGUUGUACCUUUGAGAAAGUAGUGGCUGGCUCCAUCAACUGGCCAGCAAUUGGAUCCUUCCUAGAUUAUGUGAUCCGUCCAGUUGCACCCUUAGAAUCUCUAACUUUGGAGGUCCAGUAUGAACGGGAUCGGCACCUUCUAAUAGACUUUUUACCAUCUGUGACACUAGGUGAUUCUGUAUUGGUAGCCAAGCCACACCGACUGGCCCAAUAUGAUAAUCUAUGGCGACUCAGCCUUCGGCCAGCAGAGACAGCUCGCCUGCGGGCCUUGGACCAAGAUGACUCUGGUUGCCGUUCUUUGUGCCUCAAGAUCCUCAAGGCUGUAUGUAAACUGAACCGAGUUCUGUGUUGUCUUUCUGCCAGCCAGCUUACCAAUGUAAUUUUACACCUGACCCAAGAAGAAACUGAUUGGUCACAAAAUGCAAUAGCUGACCGUUUUCUUCAGGCAUUGAGAAAACUAAUUGGCUAUUUGGAAGAAGGAAUUCUUCCGAGUGUUUUAAAUCCCAAGGUGAACUUGUUUUCAGAGCUUACUACUGAAGAAGUAGAUGAGUUAGGCUAUACUCUGUACUGUUCACUUUCAGAACCAGAACUCCUGCUGCAAAUGUAAUCGCUGCCUUAAGUGUGAGUUAGUGUUAGAACUACUUGCCAUGACAAUUUGUCUUCUGAGUGAAUUAUGCACAUCUUGCCCUGGUUAUUUUGCAAAUCUGCCUUUGUAUUUUUACUGUUAUUAAAUAGGAGGGGGGGCAUUAGAUUCUUGGUGCUACCAGUCUAGUUCCACUACACUCAAGGAACUGGAGGAAGAAGCAACUUUGAAGAUCUGCUCAAUUUGCUAUAAAGUUCUUAUUGAUGUACCUGCUGAUGGAGUCCCAACAUAUGCUGUAUUUCUUGUAAUACUUUGUAUUUUGCUGCAAUGAAAAUUCUUAUCUCCUAUUUCAAAAGUGUAAAAUUGCCACUAACAAUUUUAAGAACCCCCAAAGUAUAAUAAGCUUUGUUCCUA